UCCUCUUCAUAUUACGCAGAUAUCCACACACAUUCUCGCUAAACCACUACGUAAUUUACCAUGGGCGACAAGCGACUCAACGAACUCCUGCGAUGGAGUGUCGAGAAUACCACGACCGGCGAAAAUGGCCCCUCCACUGAGACCAAUGCCCAAGUACCGCCGCCAACAAACCUCACCCCGGAGCUGAUGGCCGCUCUCAUGGGAGGGCCCUCCGAUGCCGACCUCAUGAAGGGCUCCAUGGAGAUCAUCGGCGACCCCGAGGUUACCCUGGAGAACAAGCUCAUCGCCUUCGACAACUUUGAGCAGCUCAUUGAGAACCUCGACAACGCCAACAACAUUGCCAACCUCAACCUGUGGACCCCGCUGCUCGAGCACCUGGGCAGCACGGAGAGCGAGCUGCGCAAGAUGGCGGCCUGGUGCGUCGGCACCGCUGUGCAGAACAACGAGCGCACUCAAGAGCGCCUGCUGGCGAUUGGCGGCGUCACUCCUCUGAUCGAGAUGGCGCUGAAGGAGGAUGAGGCCGAAGACGUCAGACGCAAGGCAAUCUAUGCGCUGAGCUCUGCGGUUAGGAAUUACCAGCCUUCCAUGGAUCACUGCACAGACGAGUUGAACAAGCGAGGGUUCACUGCAGCCAAGACAGACGCCGCGGAUAUGACAGCCGUUGAUGUGGUCAUCCAUGGACUCAGGGAAAAGGUCAAGGCCGUCGCCAAUGGGGCUUCGGAGUAAAAAUCAUAAAUGUGUUUUAAAUAGGUUUGAAAGGAAAUGGAGAAGAAAAAAAGGACAUUGGGCGGAGUUGAGGCGUUCUGCAAGUAUUGGAUGGAUCAACCGGCAGGGAUUGAUGAAUAAAGGUAUCCUACAAAUAUUCAUACAUUGUAUCUAACGAUUAUGGCUUUUACGAUACACGUUGUUAUACAUUUUAUAUAUCCCCCCCCCCGCAGAUUUUUAUUUUACCCAUGCUCCCAAAUCGCUGACGUGAUGUUCAUCAGUGCGUAACUUUUCCGUAGAAAGGGAAUCCCAAUGCUUCCAUGAGCAGCCUGCCUUGCCUAUCGGAGGUAGCAGUGGUGUGAAUGAAGAUAUCGCAGCCAGGCAUCAGCUUAGGAGGAUAC